CACACAAAACUUAAAUUUUCACUUCAAAACUUUCUCCGAGGCAGAGCCAAAAAAGGAAAAAAAAGAAAAGAAAAAAAGCACACACUUGUUUAUUGUUUCAGCAUAUAUCAGUCAAAAACUUUGGGUUGUGUAGUGUAGAUGGAGUUCAGGUACAGAGCAAUCGAUGAAAGAGCCCCCAAUACUCAGAUUCCUCCUUCUUCUUCUUCUUCUUCAACCACUCUGCCUCUGCCUCUGUCUCGUCCUUUGCAGCACCUUACUGCUAUCAAUGGCAGUGUAAAUGAUACCCUAAUGACCCAAAACGCUCUGUCUCUGACUCUGAACAAUGGCAACGACAUAGCUUUGGCUCGGCGGCGUCUCGAGCUCAAAGCAGAGGUGGAGAGACAGAUGAUGGUAGAGAUGGAACAGAGCAAGAUGUCUUUGCUGAGUCAACACCAGUAUUCUUCGUCACCAUUUGGAUUUUCCCAAGAUUUUUACAUCAACUACAUGGGCAUGAAUCCCUUCUUGAUGAUGAAUCAUCAGCAGCAGCAGCUUCAGCUGCAGCAGCAACACCACCGCAGCAGCCCUGCCGAGGUCUUUGGUAAUGUGGCGGCGAUUCAGCAGCUGACGACUCCGCCCGUUACUCAGUCUUUGUCUGAGGAUUUAAAGGAACCAGUAGUGGAGGACACGGUUAUGCAGACAAAGAAUGUCAACUUUGUGGAAAAGAGGAAAGCUGAAACACCAGUGGUGGCAGAUGGUAAUGACUCUAAUGAGGCCCCUUCACAUAGUGCUGUUAAGAAAAGUCGAAUCGAAUGGAGCUGCGAUCUCUGUCAAGUAAUAACCACAAGCCAACAAACCCUGGAGGAUCACCUGAAAGGGAAGAAACACAAGAACAAGGUGGCAUCAUUGAAUGCUAAUAAGUUACCAAAGGAUGAGAGUACUAAUGAUGAUGAAGGUAAGAAACACAAGAACAAGGUGGCAUCAUUGAAUGCUAAUAAGAGACCAGAGGAUGAGAGUGCUAAUGAUGAUGAAGUUAAGAAAAGCAAAUUCUGGUGCCAAGUGUGCAGGUUAAGGACUAACAGUGAAGCUAUGCUGAAAAGUCAUUGCAUUGGGAAGAAACACCAGGCCAAGGAGGCAUUGUUAAAUGCCAGUAAGACAAUAGAGGAGAGUAAUGGUGAUGAAGAGAAGAAACACGAGGACAAGUUGGCAUUAGUAAAUGGUGGCAAGAUACUAGAGGAGGAGGAGAGUAACAAUGAAGGGAAGGCCAAUUUGGCAUUGUUAAGUCCAAGCAAGACUUCAGAUGAGAGUGACGAUGAAAGCCAGAAGCAUCACUUCUGGUGCCAAAUGUGCAAGGUCGGCACUACCAGUGAAGCAUUGAUGACAGAACAUCGUCAUGGGAAUGAACAUAUGAACUUGCUGCGAAAAAAAAGAGGGGCUAUCAUUGUCAUAUCCAUGAUGCCAGAGGAUGUCCAAGAAGUUCAAAAAACAGCUGCCAAAAACUUAUUCAAAUAGAGAACAUACUGGAUUAUCAAAAAAAAAAAAAAAAUAGAGAACGUACUCAUGAAAAUACAGAAGUGGGAGAUGAACACAGAUUGCAGAAGAUUCUAUUUCUUUUA